AUGUCUUUUAGAGGGAGAGGUGGCAGCGGUGGCAACUGGGGAGGUAGAGGUGGUGGUGGAGGCAACUGGGGAGGAAGAGGUGGAGGAGGCGGCGGAGGCAACUGGGGAGGAAGAGGUGGCGGCGGCGGACGCGGUGGUGGGAGAGGCGGUUUUGGAAGAGGAGGAGGACGUGGAGGAUUCAACAGAGGAUAUGACCAAGGACCCCCUGAGAGUGUUGUCGUGGCUGGGGAGUUCAUGCAUCCUUGUGAAGAUGAUGUAGUUUGUAAAUGCACCACAGAUGAAAGCAAAGUGCCUUACUUCAAUGCCCCCAUCUACCUAGAGAACAAGGAACAGAUUGGAAAAGUAGAUGAAAUAUUUGGACAGCUCAGAGACUUUUAUUUUUCGGUUAAGCUAUCUGACAAUAUGAAGGCAUCAUCAUUUAAGAAGUUACAAAAGUUUUAUAUUGAUCCGGCAAAGCUACUCCCACUUCAGAGGUUUCUUCCUCGUCCUCCUGGUGAGAAGGGUCCUCCAAGAGGUGGUCGUGGAGGAGGAAGAGGAGGAUUUGGAGGCAGAGGCGGAGGAAGAGGAGGUUUUGGUGGCGGUAGAGGAGGUGGUUUCAGAGGAGGACGAGGAGGAGGUGGUGGUGGUGGUUUCAGAGGAGGAAGAGGUGGUAAUCGCGGAUUUAGAGGAGGUCGGUAAUGAGAGCUGUUUAUUUUGGAGACGGUUGCUGCUUUUCACAGUUUACAGAUUUUAACAUUGAAGACCUGAAAUGCUGCCUCUUUCUUUGAUGAUCUUUGAAAUGGGACUAAAUCAUGACUGUAAAAUGCAGAACAUCUUCCGAUACUUAGGAAGCCUCUCAGUAUCUUCUGUUUGUAUGGUUGAAUAAAUUCAACUGUGUUUUUGGACCAGAAUAUUUGCCUGUUUUUUCUUUUUUAUAACUUGAAAAUGUUUUUAACCUGUGGCUACUUGUUUAGCAUGAAAUCAAGUAUUCUAAAAAAAAAUGUUUUGUCAUUUAAGUAAAAUGUUAGCAAUUGUUCUGGUUUAUAGAUGAGAGAAUGAACUUUUUAAAUAAUUCACACAGCCUCCUGUUAACUGUUUGUAAAUAUGAAAACCAAUUCCCUCUGUGAUGCCAAUAAAAUAUUUUCAAAUCUU